AUGGCAGCUUUGCUGCUGGUGCCUACGAGUACCAGCCAUGACGACGCACUGACCCGGAUUGAGCCAAGGCCCAACCCCCAGCCCGUCCACUCGACCCCCUCGCCUCAUUUGCCGCCCUCUGGCCACCUUGCAACGGCGCAACGCGAAAAGAUAAAUUUUUUCACAGCAGCACGACCUGAUGCCUUUUGCUGCCUGCCCUGCUCAGCUGUCCUGCUGUCGCGCCCAAACCCUCUGCAGUCUGCUCAACCCCCUUGCGACUGGUGCGACGGCCUACGCCUCCCCCUGCUUUGUUGCCGCGUGUCACUCUGA